GCCUCUGCCCUGCAGGACCAUGAGAAGCAGUACGUGGGCUUUGCCACUCUGCCGAACCAGGUCCACCGGAAAUCCGUGAAGAAGGGUUUUGACUUCACCCUGAUGGUCGCAGGAGAGUCGGGUCUGGGCAAAUCCACGCUGGUGAAUAGCCUGUUCCUGACAGACCUCUACAAAGACAGAAAGCUGCUCAACGCAGAGGAGAGAAUCAACCAGACAGUAGAGAUCGUCAAGCACACAGUGGACAUUGAGGAGAAGGGUGUCAAGCUGAAGCUGACCAUAGUGGACACACCAGGCUUUGGAGAUGCUGUUAACAACACUGAGUGCUGGAAGCCCAUCACUGACUACAUCGACCAGCAGUUUGAGCAGUAUUUUCGUGAUGAGAGUGGCCUGAACCGGAAGAACAUCCAGGACAACCGAGUGCAUUGCUGCCUCUACUUCAUCUCGCCCUUCGGGCACGGACUGAGGCCUGUGGAUGUUGAGUUCAUGAAGGCUCUGCAUGAGAAGGUCAACAUUGUGCCCCUGAUUGCCAAAGCCGACUGCCUGAUCCCCUCCGAGAUCCGGAAGCUAAAAGAGAGGAUCCGGGAAGAGAUCGACAAAUUUGGCAUUAAAGUGUACCAGUUUCCUGAGUGUGACUCUGAUGAAGAUGAGGAGUUCAAGCAGCAAGACAGAGAGCUGAAGGAGAGUGCUCCCUUUGCUGUCAUUGGCAGUAACACUGUGGUGGAGGCGAAAGGCCAGCGAGUCCGUGGACGGCUGUACCCCUGGGGCAUUGUGGAAGUGGAAAACCAGGCACACUGCGACUUUGUGAAGCUGCGGAACAUGCUGAUCCGGACGCACAUGCAUGACCUGAAGGACGUCACUUGUGAUGUUCACUAUGAGAACUACCGAGCUCAGUGCAUCCAGCAAAUGACCAGGUGGGUCCUCACUGCUUCAACUGGAGGUGGCAGAGGUGUCAAGCUGACUCAGGACAACAGGAUAGAAAGCCCGAUUCCUAUCCUGCCUCUCCCAACACCGGACACUGAGACAGAGAAGCUGAUCAAAAUGAAGGAUGAGGAGUUACGGCGGAUGCAAGAGAUGCUGCAGAAGAUGCAGCAGCAGAUGCAGGAUCAGUGAGAGGCAGGUACUUGGAGGGCAGAGGGAAUCCCCCAUAACCAUCUGAGGCCUGGCAAGAGCUGUGGACGUUUAGAAAAGGUUUCCUGUUGUAUAGAGACUUACGGGCAAGAGCCGCACCCGCACCCUCUAAUUUAUUAGCAGCAAUGCUGGCUUUGCAGUCAGCUGGAUUGUGGAGGAGGCUGUUCACUUAACAGUUUACUGAUGUGUAUUUCUUUUUUAAUAAUUAUUCUUUCUUUUCUUUUUUCUUUUUUCUUUUUUAAAAGAAAAUAGCCUGGGAAAUCUCUAAGGCAUCCUAAAAAAGAAAAAAAGAAAAGAAAAAGAUCUCCCUUUCCCAUGUACUAAUCUGUUGUUUGGGAAUGCUCUGGUAUUUAAAGUCCUGGUUUCUCUGGUGUACAAACUUGAAGACUAUCUGUGUCAAUGCACGUAAAUGUUUACUCCCAACUGAGGUGCCAUGCCCCGUUCCCCGUUCCCCUUGUCUGGG